AUGCCUGCCAAAUCACGAUUUACGAGGCUUGACGCUUUCGCCAAAACGGUCGAAGAUGCUCGUGUUCGCACAACCUCUGGCGGAGUUGUCACUUUGGUAUCAUUGAUUGCCAUACUGUGGCUAGUAUGGGGUGAAUGGGUCGACUACCGCCGAGUGGUGGUACUCCCUGAGUUAAUCGUGGACAAGUCGCGAGAUGUCAUGGACGUUUCUGGUGAACAACAGAUGGGUGUCAUUCAUGGGUUAAAUAAAGUGCGACUCAGUUCAGUUGCCGACGGGGGCAAAGCCAUUGAUGUCUCGAGACUCGAAUUGCACUCUGAGAAUGACGUGGCUAUACAUCUUGAUCCUGAAUAUUGUGGUGAAUGUGGAGGCGCACCUCCUCCGGAUAAUGCGCAGAAGCCCGGAUGCUGCAACACCUGUGAGGAAGUACGAGAGGCUUAUGCAUUGAAAUCCUGGGCCUUUGGCAAGGGGCAGAAUAUUGAACAGUGUCAGCGAGAGGGCUAUGGAGAACGAAUUGACGCCCAGCGCAAGGAAGGAUGCCGCAUUGAAGGUGACGUGCGAGUGAAUAAGGUGAUUGGUAAUUUCCACAUCGCGCCCGGCCGAAGUUUCUCGCGCGCGAAUAUGCAUGUCCAUGAUUUGGAGACAUAUUUGGACAAAGACCUGGAGGCUUCAGAGAAGCAUACAAUGUCACAUAUUAUCCACCAGCUACGGUUUGGACCUCAACUUUCGGAUGAAGUGUCCCAACGUUGGCAAUGGACCGACCAUCAUCAUACAAACCCGCUAGAUGACACACAACAACUCACAGACGAGCCAUCUUACAACUACAAUUACUACAUCAAGGUGGUCUCAACGUCCUAUCUCCCCUUGGGCUGGGAUAGCGCACAAUCUGACCUUCUUCAUGGGGACGAUGAAUCCACACCACUAGGCCUUCACGGCGCCGCACACGGCACGGCAGGCAGCAUUGAAACACACCAAUACUCGGUGACAUCGCACAAGCGAUCUCUGGAUGGUGGCAACGACGCUGCAGAAGGCCACAAAGAGCGCGUCCACGCCCAAGGUGGUAUUCCCGGCGUGUUCUUCAACUACGACAUCUCGCCAAUGAAAGUGAUCAAUCGUGAACAGCGCCCAAAGACCUUUACAGGCUUUUUGACAGGAGUAUGCGCCGUUAUUGGCGGUACAUUGACUGUUGCCGCUGCUGUAGAUCGUUUCUUGUACGAGGGAAGCCGAAGAAUUCGGAAAUCACAGGCACAUACGAAUUAA